AUGAAUUCUUCCAAGUCAUCUGCAUCACAAUGCACAGAGCGAGGAUGCUGGUCUUCCCAGGUGUUCUUCUGGACUGUUGCUGGGGUCUCCAUCCUACUUCUCAGUGCCUGUUUUAUCACUAGAGUUGUUGUGACCUAUCACAUCUUUCAAAGCUGUGAUGAGAAAAAGUUCCAACCACCUGAGAAUUUCAUGGAGCUUUCCUGCCACAAUGACGGAGCAGGUUCAGUGAAGAGUUGCUGCCCGUUGAACUGGGAACACUUUCAAUCUAGCUGCUACUUCUUUUCUACUAACACCUUAACAUGGGCAUCGAGUUUAAGAAACUGCUCAGACAUGGGGGCUCAUCUGGUGGUUAUCAACACCCAGGAGGAGCAGGAAUUCCUUUUCCACAAGAAACCUAGAAAGAGAGAGUUUUAUAUUGGACUGACGGACCAGGUGAGCGAGCGUCAGUGGCAGUGGGUGGAUGGCACACCUUUCACGUACACUCUGAGCUUCUGGGACGCAGGAGAGCCCAACAACUUAGCUACUGUGGAGGACUGCGCCACCAUACGAGACUCUUCAAAUCCAAGGCAAAACUGGAAUGACGUACCCUGUUUCUUCAAUAUGUUUUGGAUUUGUGAAAUGCCAGAAGUAGAUAUUUCAAGCAAAGAAAAACCUCGAAGAACAAAAGGCACAACUUAA